GUGUCUCUUUCGCCCCCAUAAUAAAUAAUAAAUAAAUAAAAAGACAUUCACAAAUCUCUCCCCUCAAAGAGAAAUUAGUACAAAAUUCCCAUCUUUCCCCCUCUUUUUCCUCCAAUCGACGUGACCUAGGUUUGAAAUUUGGUCGAUUCUAGGGUUUCAGAUUCUGAUCUGCUAUUAGCUUAAGCUUGAAGGGCAACUAGGGUUUCAGAUUCCGUAGAUGUCGAAUUCUGUGGGCGUGGGAAUCUUAAGUAGUGGGCUGCAAUGAUUGCGAUGGAGAGCUAGGGUUUUGUUUCCGUCGGAAUGUAGGUCUUUUUGGGUGGUAGAGGUUUUGGGUUUGGGGAGAUUUAGGUGGUAUUUUAUUUGGUGAUUUUUGGGGAUUUUUGGAGAUUUUAGGGUUUGUGGAUUUUGAUUAAUUCAUAGAAAUGGAGCAUGUGAUUGGUGGAAAGUUCAAGCUUGGGAGGAAGAUUGGAAGCGGAUCUUUCGGCGAGCUCUAUCUUGGUGUUAAUGUUCAGAGCAGAGAGGAAGUGGCAGUCAAGCUGGAAUCUGUGAAGACAAAGCAUCCCCAGCUUCAUUAUGAAUCAAAAUUAUACAUGCUUCUUCAGGGUGGAACUGGAAUUCCCCACCUGAAGUGGUUCGGUGUGGAGGGUGAUUACAAUAUUAUGGUCAUUGAUCUUCUCGGGCCAAGCCUGGAAGACUUGUUCAACUACUGCAAUCGGAAAUUCACACUGAAAACAGUACUUAUGCUUGCUGAUCAGAUGAUCAAUCGAGUUGAAUAUAUGCAUGCGAAGGGCUUCCUUCACAGGGAUAUAAAGCCAGACAACUUCCUCAUGGGUUUGGGACGUAGAGCAAAUCAAGUUUAUGUCAUUGAUUAUGGACUUGCAAAGAAAUAUAGAGACCUUCAGACUCACAAGCACAUUCCUUACAGGGAGAACAAGAAUCUUACAGGAACAGCAAGAUAUGCAAGUGUUAAUACUCAUCUUGGAGUUGAGCAAAGCAGAAGGGAUGAUUUGGAAUCUCUUGGAUAUGUGCUCAUGUAUUUUCUAAGAGGAAGUCUUCCCUGGCAGGGUUUGAAAGCUGGUACGAAAAAACAGAAGUAUGAUAAAAUCAGUGAAAAGAAAAUGAUCACUCCUGUAGAGGUACUCUGUAAAUCAUAUCCAUCAGAAUUUGCAACUUAUUUCCACUACUGUCGAUCCCUAAAGUUUGAAGACAGGCCGGAUUAUUCUUAUCUGAAGAAACUUUUCCGGGAGCUUUUCGUUCGAGAAGGUUAUCAGUAUGAUUAUAUAUUUGAUUGGACUGUUCUGAAGUACCCUCAGAUUGGUGCUAAUGCUAGAUUGCGGCAACCUAGCGGAAAAACAAGUGGGGCUGUGGGACCAUCAGCAGAAAGGGCAGAAAAGACUUCAGUGGGACAAGAUAUCCGAGAUAGAUUCUCUGGUGCUGUUGGAGCGCUUUCCAGAAGGAAUAGUUUAGGUACUGCUCAUUAUGGAGAUCGUUCCAGGCACAAAAAUUUGGAGGAAUCACCAUCAUCCAAGGCAGUUGUUGUUGACCCAGAGAAACCUCGUCCAUCCUCUCGUCCAUCUUCUCGUCCAUCCUCUCGUAAUGGCAGCACCUCAAAGAGGGGUAUAGCCUCAAGCAGCCGUCCUACUUCUACAGAGCCCAGUGACCAGCAUCAUCCUUCUCGUUCUAGCCGUCUUGCUUCAAGCAGCAGCGCCUACGAUCGCCCAGCCACAGUAGGGAGGCUCCAUUCUUCUACUCUUGAGCGCAGAUUCUCACCUCGCUCUCGAAAUUCACCAGCAGCAGCAGCAGGAGGCAGCGGCCAUGAAGAACCUCCAGUUCGAAGAUUUGAUCUCCUCUCCAUUGGCGCUGAUCGAAGAAAGUGAAAUAAGUAGUACAUUGCCAUUUUUCGCGUCUUUGGUUGUGUUCUUAUCUCAUCUUUGCCUUUGUGGUAUGAAGAUAUGAUUGAUUAUUAGGGAGAAACCUAAAUUUGUUGUUCAUUCAUUAAUCCUGUUUCAACAGCUUAAAACAGAAACGUUUUGAUAUAUUGUUUUCCUGGCUUGUCUUGCGGCUGGGAUUGAUUAUGUGUGGAGAAUUCAUUCGCGGAUAAUUUGUUUAUAUGAGACGUUACAUUACCAAUAAAGCAACUGUGUUCUAUAUACA